CAGACGAGGGAAGGGGAAGGAGGCGAGGGGCAGCAGAGCCUGCGGGAAGCGGAGCAGCGGCUCCCCCUCGGCCCCGCCGCGUUCCGGAGCUGUCGCAAACCGUGGGUGGAGUUUUUUGGGAUUUUUUUUUUUAUUUUUUUCCCCUUCUAAUUUUCCCUUCUGCUCAGGCUGGGUGGUCCCUCCCGCGGAGGGAGUCGGGAUGCGGCCCGGCUCCAGCUCUUUGUGUGCGGCCGGGAGGCACCGGCGGCUCUCCCAAAAAAAAAAAAAAAAGAGAAAAAAAACAUCAACCCCGUUCUCUUCCCCAAAAUCCGCCUCGUCCCCCCGCCAAAAGGGGGGUUGUUACCCAAAAAAACCCCCAUUUCUCCCCCCAAAAGCGAUUGUUCCUCUGAGGAACGACACCUCCCCAUGAAAAAAAAAAGUGAUUUCUCCCCCCUCAAAAGUUAGUUUUCUCCUCAAAACUUCCCCCCCAAAGAGCUAAUUCUCCCCCAAAAAGCGAGUUUAUUCCAAAAAGUAGCUGCUCUCCAAAAACUGGCUUAUCACCCCAAAAAAACUCUUUUCUCCCCCUCAAAAACAGUCUUUUCUCCCCCCCAAAACCCCUGUCUUUUCUUGCCAAAAAGUAACUUUUCUCCCUAAAAAGCAACUUUUCUUCCCCCAAAAGGAACUUCUGUCCCCAAAAAGUGACUUUUUCUCUCUUAAAAGGUGUCUUUUGUCACCCCCAAAGUGACUUCCCCCCCAAAAAAAGUAACUUUCCCCUAAAUAAAGGAACUUUCCUCUGCAAAAAUCGACUUUAUUCCCCCCCAAAACCUGUUUUGUCUCCUAAAAGUGACUUUUACCCCAAAAAUGUAGCUUUCCCAUCAAACAAGUAACUUUUCUCCUCGAAAAAAGUGGCUUUUGUUCCCUAAAAGUGACUUUUACCCCCCCAAAAAGUAACUUUUCUCCCCCCAGAAGUGACUAUUGUUCCCAGAAAACUUUUCUUCCUCCAAAAGUGACUUUUAUCCCCAAAUGGAAACUUUUCUCUCCUGGUCAAGUGACUUUUUUCUCUCAAAAACCAAGUUUUCUCCUCCUCAAAGAGAACUCACAAGAAGGAACACUUUCCUCACUUUUUAGUGACUUUUUCCUCACAGAAAGUGACUUUUUCCUCACAAGAAGGAACUUUUUUCUUCCAUGAAGGAACUUUUCCUUCCAAAAAGUAACUUUUUCCUCCCCCAAAGUGACUUUCCUUUACAAAACCCCCAACUUUUCCCUCACUUUUUAGCGACUUUUCCCUCACAAACAGGAACUUUUUCCUCACAAAAGGGAAAAAGUUUUCCUUACAAAAAGGAACCAUUUCCUCACAGAAGUGAUUACUUCCACACACAAAAAGUGACUUUUUAAACUCGCAAAACUGACUUUUCCCUCACAAAAAGUAAGGUUUUCCUCACAAAAGUGACUUUUUUCCUCAAAAGGAACAACCUUUUCCUCAUACAAAGGGACUUUUCCUUCACAAAAAUUGCAUUUUCCCUACACAAGUGUGAACUUUUUCCUCACAAAAAGGAACUUUUUCCUCCCCUAAGUGACUCUUUCCCUGACAAAAAAAAAAAAAAAAAGUGACUUUUUCCCGACAAAAAGCGAUUUUUCUCCUCACAAAAGCGAACUUUUCCUUCGCAUUCACCUCACUUUUUUUCCUCACGCAAAAAAAGGGGACUUUCUCUUCACAAAAAAACCCCGCAGUUUCUCCUCCGCGAAAGCGACUUUUUUCCUGCCAGAAAGGAACUUUUCCCUCGCCCUAAGCCCGCUUUUCCUCCCCCAAAACCCGAUUUCCCCCUGUUUUUCCUCCUCGAGCGUGACUUUUUUCCCUCACGGAAUGGAACUUUCUCCUCGCCUGAGCGACUUUUCCCUCACGAAAAAAACAACAACAAGAACAAAAAACAACCGCGGCUUUUCCCUCGCCCUGAGCGACUUUUCGUCCCGAAGAGACUUUCCCCUCAGCUCCCAGCGACUUUUCGCUCACAAAGAGGCGCGUUUCCCCUCCGGAGCCCGCGGCUCUCCCCUCACGCUCAGCCCCCGGCCCUCCCUCGCUCCCUCCCCUCACGGAGCCCGCCCCGGCGGGGGGCGCGGGCCGGGCCGGGCCUGGGGCGGGGGCCGAGGCGGGGCAGGAGCCGCGGGGCCGCUCCGCUCCGCUCCGCUCGCUGCCGGCCGGCCCAACAAAGGCCAUGGCGGUUCGCUGCGGGCCGCCCUGAGCCCGGCCGUGCCCCCGGGAUGCGGCGCUGGGCCCUGGCCCUGGCGCUGGCGCUGGCGCUGGGCGGGCGCUGCCCCGCGGCCCCCAACGCCUCGGCCGGGCCCCCGCGCUGCCGCCGCCCCGCGCCCUGCGAGCGGCUCCGCUUCGGCGCCUGCCUGGGCUCCGCGCUGCCCUACGCCGCCACCUCCACGCUGCUGGCCAACGACUCCGCCUCGCAGGAGGAGGCGCACGGAAAGCUCCUGCUCUGGUCCGGCCUGCGCAACGCCCCGCGCUGCUGGGACGUCAUCCAGCCCCUGCUCUGCGCCGUCUACAUGCCCAAGUGCGAGGAUGGGCAGGUGGAGCUGCCCAGCCAGACCCUGUGCCAGGCCACCCGGGCGCCCUGCACCAUCGUGGAGCGCGAGCGGGGCUGGCCCGACUUCCUCAAGUGCACGACCGACCGCUUCCCCGAGGGCUGCCCGAACGAGGUGCAGAACAUCAAGUUCAACAGCUCGGGGCAGUGCGAGGCGCCGCUGGUGCGCACGGACAACCCCAAGAGCUGGUACGAGGACGUGGAGGGCUGUGGCAUCCAGUGCCAGAACCCGCUGUUCACCGAGAAGGAGCACCGCGAGAUGCACACCUACAUCGCCGCCUUCAGCUCCGUCACCAUCUUCUGCACCUUCUUCACCCUGGCCACCUUUGUCGCCGACUGGAGGAACUCCAACCGCUACCCCGCCGUCAUCCUGUUCUACGUCAACGCCUGCUUCUUCGUGGGCAGCAUCGGCUGGCUGGCACAGUUCAUGGACGGCGCCCGCAACGAGAUCGUGUGCCGGGCCGACGGCACCAUGCGGCUGGGGGAGCCCACGUCCAACGAGACGCUCUCCUGCGUCAUCAUCUUCGUCAUCGUUUACUACUCGCUGAUGUCGGGAGUCAUCUGGUUCGUCAUGCUGACCUACGCCUGGCACACCUCCUUCAAGGCCCUGGGCACCACCUACCAGCCGCUGCUGGGCAAGACCUCCUACUUCCACCUCAUCACCUGGUCCAUCCCCUUCGUCCUCACCGUGGCCAUCCUGGCAGUGGCGCAGGUGGAUGGUGACUCUGUCAGUGGCAUCUGCUUCGUGGGCUACAAGAACUACCGCUACCGAGCCGGCUUCGUCCUGGCGCCCAUCGGGCUCGUCCUCAUCGUGGGGGGCUAUUUCCUCAUCCGGGGGGUCAUGACACUCUUCUCCAUCAAGAGCAACCACCCCGGGCUGCUGAGCGAGAAGGCAGCCAGCAAGAUCAACGAGACCAUGCUGCGCCUGGGCAUCUUUGGCUUCUUGGCCUUUGGCUUCGUCUUCAUCACCUUUGGCUGCCACUUCUACGACUUCUUCAACCAGGCGGAAUGGGAGCGCAGCUUUCGGGAAUACGUCCUGUGCGAGGCCAACGUGACCAUCGCCACGCAGACCAACAAGCCCAUCCCGGACUGUGAGAUCAAGAACCGGCCGAGCCUGCUGGUGGAGAAGAUCAACCUCUUCGCCAUGUUCGGCACCGGCGUCUCCAUGAGCACCUGGGUCUGGACCAAGGCCACCCUGCUCAUCUGGAAGCGCACCUGGUGCAGGCUGACGGGGCAGAGCGACGACCAGCCCAAGAGGAUCAAGAAGAGCAAGAUGAUCGCCAAGGCCUUCUCCAAGCGCAAGGAGCUGCUGCGCGACCCGGGCCGGGAGCUGUCCUUCAGCAUGCACACCGUGUCACACGACGGCCCCGUGGCCGGUUUAGCCUUCGACAUCAAUGAGCCGUCGGCCGACGUGUCCUCGGCCUGGGCCCAGCACGUCACCAAGAUGGUGGCCAGGAGAGGGGCCAUCCUGCCCCAGGAUGUCUCCGUGACGCCCGUGGCAACGCCUGUGCCACCGGAGGAGAGGGCCAACCUCUGGAUCGUGGAAGCCGACGUCUCCCCCGAGCUGCAGAAGCGCAGCGGCCGCAAGAAGAAGCGGAGGAAGAAGAAGAAGGAGGUGGACCCAGGCCCCGAGCGCUGCCUGGGGGGCUCCACGGCCCCCCUGGCCCCCAGCACCGUCCCUCACCUGCCCCGCCUGCCCCCCCAGCCCUGCCUGGUGGCCUUUGCCCCCGAUGUCCUCCCGGGGCUCCCGCCCGGCCGGCCCGACGCCGCCUUCUCCGGGGUGCCGUGGGGUGGGCACCGCAGAGCCAACGUCUUCCACCUCGUCAGCAACCCCUUCUGCCCCGAGAGCGGGUCCCUGGAGGAGGAGAGCCCCGGGCCCAGCCCCGGGCACUGGCAGCACAACGGGGGGCCACUCUGGGCCCCCAACCCCGGGGGGCCAAGGACUCAGGGCCGCCGGGCCGGGCUGGCCCCCAUCCACUCCCGGACCAACCUGGUGGACGCGGAGCUGCUGGACCCCGACUCGGACUUCUGAACCCAUCAGGGUGCUGUGAGGGGAUGGGGACGCCUGGGGUGAGACCCCAAGGCUCGGCCAGCACUGGCAGCCUGUGAGGGGACACCAGAACACACCUCAUCCCACCAGGAUCCAUCCCGACAGCCCGGCACGGCCGAAUUGUCCCAUCAGAGCAGGCAUUUCUCCCUCCAUCACCCAGACUUGAUGCACACCCCAGCCUAGCAAGAAAGGUUUUGGGGUUCCCUCCAGCAUCACUGCAAGAAGAGAAACGGGCUGUCAGUGGAACAACCCCCCCCAGGUCCUGCAGGGAUUUAAGGACAACGGGGACACUCCCUUUGCAGGGGACCAACGGGACCAGCGGCGGGCGAGCGUAGAUCAGGGUAGAUUUUGGGGUGCUUUGUCCCACAGCUCUGCCCCACCCACAGCUAGAGGUACGUAGAGCUCACAGACACUUGUGCCAAUAGGGAUUUUUGUGUUACAUUUCUUAUUUUUUGCUCUUUGUACGGGAUGCUGGGCACGGCUCCGCUUGGGUGCCGCAGCCGGGAGUGGGGUGAGCCCAGUCACGGGGCGACAGCAAAAUCAUCCCUGGGGUGCACCCCUUUUCCUGGGCCCACCCCUUUUCCUUCAGGGGUCCCAAAGUGCCUUCCAGCUUCCCAGAGAGCUGAGCCAGACCCAAAGCAGAGAGGGUUGGUGGGAUGGGAGAUGGGAAGCGCCUUGGGGGUGCACGGGCGCUCCCCGAGCCACGGUGCAAAAAACUCCCCCAAAAAAACUUUGAAACCUCGGGGUCACCAACCCCCUGAGCAAACUUUUUUAUUAUUUUUUUAAGACCCCCUCCCCCCCAAAUUACAGGGAACCUGGCUGAGCCCCGAGGCAGGAGGACUCUGGUCCCUGCUGGUGUUUGUAUCUGCCCGUUAUCCCUGUUCCUGUUUUUAUCAGAUCCCGGUAGGCUCCUGGUUUUCUCGCUAUCCCAGUGACCUCCACGGGUUCAUUUUUGCUGUGUAAAGGAAAACCCUCCUGUAUCAGUAUUAAAUUUACCAAGUUUUCAUUCCCA